AUGGAUGAAAGUAUUACAAUUGUUGAAGAUAUCAACAAGCGUCGAGAACCAUUGCCUAUUUUAUCUACGGUCGAUAUCAAUAUCACUGUGCACAUGUUUUCUUUACUGAAGAUAUUUUUAUGUGCAACUAAACAAAUUUGUUCAGACAUCGUAUCGCUCGGGACUUCGCUUAGUAGUUUUUGUGGUGGAGUAACAUAUUCAGAGAUGAAAAUUGCUUACGAAGUCACCAAAAGAAACCAUGGGAAGUUAUCAUCGGAUCAGAUCAGUUAA